AUGGGUAUCACAACACUACCUCCGGAGAUCGUCCAGGCUAUUAUAUCGUUCCUUGACCUUGAUAACAUCAAGGCUCUCCGUUUAGGCAGCCGAGACCUAGCCGCGAUAACCCUUGGCCCACGUUUCUUAGGCUUCAUUCGCGAGCCUACUCUGGAUGUAUCCUUGAAUAGCCUUCGUUCGCUUCAUGCUCUGGCAUGUAACUCCGUGCUGCGCGGAAGAGUUCAUAAUUUGACUCUACUAUCUACAGUGUUUGACUGUUCCGAGCAAGAAAGAAAGCUAAAAGAGGGCAUAUACUGGGCUGACGAAUCAGAAGAUGAAUUUUCUGAGCCAGUACGGAAGGAGUACUCCCAAGAGGAACUUUCAUUGUUCCAGUCUCAAGUGGACUGGGUGAAAGAACAGGAGAAGAAUCGCCAAGAAGAGUCCGUGGAUGAGAUGACCAGUCUUCUUCAGUCAAUUUUCACCAGAUUCGGUCAUUUAGAAGCCAUCAUACUAGAUGCUGUGAUAAUGAAGGGACACGGUUUAAAGGACCCUUAUGGCUCACGCCCUCUAUGGGUCCCGCUCUGCGCCCGAGCCUCCACUGUAUUCAACAUGAUUCUGACAUCCAUAGACGCGGCAUUGAUUCCUUUGACACGACCGAGCAAGCUUUUCACGAAGGCUGCGGACCCAUUAUAG